AUGAGAAGAAGGAAAAUAAAUGUUGAGAAUGCUGCUCAGUUUAUGUAUAUUCUCCCUAUUGUAGUGAAAGCUUUUGAAAUGGAGAUCACACCUGCCAACAGAAUUGUUGCACAGGUUGGAGAAAGAGUUGUGCUUACAUGCAAUGCCACUGGCUGUGCAUCACCAAGUUUUUCCUGGAGAAUCCAAACCGACAACCCACUUGGAGGAACAGUGACAUACCAUGGAACAUACUCGACCUUGACUAUGAAUGCAGUUAAAAUUGAGAAUGCUCAUGAUUAUCUGUGUACUGUCUGCUGCGAGCAUGAGAAGAAAGAAAAAAGUUUCAAAAUUGAAGUUUACUGUAAGUGA